GAUGUCGGCCGUGACAUGUACAUCGUUGGCUCUGGGUUCGUUGAAGUGCUGGACGCCCCGGGGUCGAACGUCGUCAGGAAGCGCCUUCAGGUUGGGAGCGUGUUCGGAGAGAACAGCCUGCUGACGCCACACUGCAGACGCUGCGUCGAUGUCAGGUCCCCUGGCUUCACGACGCUGUUUCGCCUGGGACGGGAGCGGUUCUGGACGCUGGCCCACCUGUACCCGGACGUGGAGCGAACCAUCCAGCGGCGCACGAGGCGCCGGCUGGCCAAGUCGGCGCAGCGCCGCAGCUGGGGCAUGAAGCUCGGCUCCGACGCCGUGCCUGUGUGUCAGUUCAACGCCGCGGCGAGCGCGCCGCGCUGAGUAGUAGCAAGUGCUGGACUGCUGAGUGGUAGCGG